AUGAGAUUGUUGAGUGUUGAAUCCCCUGUUGAAGCUUCUAAGUUGAAGGAAUUUUCUUCUUGGGUUGCUUCAGUAGGUGAUGGAAUUGUUGAAGGUCCGAAUGAUGGUGAAGUCGUUAUUGAUCUUCCAUCUGAUGUUGUAUUGUAUAAUAAUGGAAAUCCUCUUAAAACCAUUGUUGAGAAGAUUUAUCCUUCUUAUAUGGAUCUUGAGGAGUUGAGCAAUUGUUUGCAUGAUCGUGUUGUACUUGCUCUCACGCUUGAUAUUGUUGAUGAGGUUAACCAGUUCAUGAUCGUGUUGGAUCAGUCUCAGGGUCGAGUGUAUUUGAGCUCUGAUGGCAUUUCAGCUUCUGAUUCUGCUUCGAAUGGGUCUGCUGACAUACAUUCAGUCGAAUUUUUGAAUUAUUUGAAGUGUUCAGAUUAG